AUGGGAGCAGUGUUGACUCGACUAUUGGAGAUCUUUUAUACCAAAAAGCUCGACAUUGUGGUGAUUGGGCUUGAAAAUAGUGGCAAGACGACACUCUUGUCCGUUUUGGCUCAUGGUGAACCGGUGGAGACGGUGCCGACGAUUGGCCUCAAUGUCAAGGUAUUCAAGAAAGGAAAAGUCAACAUGAAGUGUUGGGAUAUAGGCGGACAGGAGCAGUACCGAUCGGAAUGGAGUCGAUAUACCAAGGGAUGCGAUGUAGUACUCUACGUGGUCGACGCCGCGGCACCCAACAAAUUCGUCACUGCGAAAAAGGAAUUGCACAAACUUUUGGAUGAUGGCAGCAUUGGGACAACUCCCCUCCUGGUCUUGGCCAACAAAAUUGAUAUUCCAGAACAUGCCGGAGAGCAGGAACUCAUUGAAAAACUGCAACUCAACUAUGUCCUGGAAACACCCUGGAUGGUUCUCCCAAUAAGCGCACUCCACACAACGAACAUAGAUCAAGUCGUCGAGUGGCUGACUAGUCAAGGAAAGUAA